AUGGACGUCCUGCUGCUCCUCGUCCUCCUGGCGUGCACGUGGCGCUCCCCUUCUCUGGCUGCUCCUUUCACCUACCAGCUGGCCCGGCUCAGUUCCCAGCGGAGCAGCUGCAAGCCCAUCCCCAGCAGCAUGACCCUCUGCCACGGGGUCGGGUACAAUGAGAUGCGGCUGCCCAACCUGCUGGGCCACGAGAGCAUGAAGGAAGCUCUGCAGCAAGCCGCCUCCUGGGUGCCACUGCUCACCAAGCAGUGCCACGGGGACACCAAGAAAUUUCUGUGCUCGCUCUUCGCUCCUGUGUGCAUCAGCGACCUGGAGGAUCCCGUCUACCCUUGCAGGUCCCUCUGCGAGGCGGUGAGAGACGGCUGCACCCCUGUCAUGGCCGCCUUUGGCUUCCCCUGGCCAGAGAUGUUCAACUGCGGCAGGUUCCCUCGGGGGAACGAACUGUGCGUCCCGCCGGCCGGCCCGGAUGACCGACUCCAGCUCACGAAGGAAGACGCAGUGUGCGCAGCCUGUAUCAGCCGAGGGCACAGCGAAAAGGAGUUCCUGGAAAACUUCUGCAGUCAAGAUUUUGCCCUGAAAAUGAGCGUCAAAGCGCUGUCCAGCGUGGACGGAGAUUUGAAAGUGACCCCAGAGCUCAAGAGCCGGACCCUCUACAAGCAGGGAAGCUGGUCGGAAGAAGAGCUGAAGAAGCCAGUCCUGUGGCUGACACACGGCGAGACCUGCGCCUGCGAAGAACUCCGCGGGCAGGGCACUGUGGUCCUGGCCAUGGGCCACAAGGCGGCCGGCCGCUUGGUCAUCUCCUGGGUGAGGAGGUGGCAGCGAGGGGAGAGGGAGCUGAAGAAAUUCACCCGGGCUGUGCGGAAGAUCCAGUGCUAAAGGGGAGGGACGCGGCUUUGCGCUGAGGUCGUCUCCCUCCCGCACGUGCUGUGAAUUCUUCCCACUCCAGCCGGAAAACGUCUUAGAUUUAGCCAGGCUCUUACUGUGAAAACAGCCCCCCCUUCUCCCAGUCACUGACAGACCCAUAUGGCGUUCAGAGGGGAUCCACAAACUCAACCAGGAAGCAUCCUCCGGAGGGUGUGUGCAGACCAAGGAGACCAGAGGCACAGACAAGCCAGUCCCCCUCCCUCAGGCCCAUGCGGUUAGCUGUAGGGCAGGGGUGGCCAGCCUGAGCCUGAGAAGGAGCCAGAAUUUACCAAUGUACAUUGCCAAAGAGCCACAGUAAUAUGUCAGUAGCCCCCGCAUUAACUCUUCCCCCCUCCCAGCACCUCCCACUUACUGGCAGCCCCACUGAUCAGCACCUCCC